AUGGCAGAAAGACCCCGUAUAUUACAAGCGACCACCCCCGGUACAUUCUCAAGGUCACUGCUGUCAAACAUAACCUCAACGCCAAACGUCAGUGCGAUGUCUACAAAAAAUGAAGUCGAGCUUAAAAACUUUUUUAUCUUUAAUUCCAGCCUAGGACCCAAAGAAGGGGAGGAAAUUAAAAAAAUUGUUUAUUAUUUUCCACCCACUGACAGCAACGAUCAACAAAUAAAGAAUGUGGGGCUUGUGGAGGGAAUUAUACAAUUUACUGAGACGUUCAAGCCUAGUUCUGAAGUAAGUUCGUUACAUACAUUAAAACAAAGGCAGUUGUAUUAUCAGCCUGAGAAAGACUUUUGGAUUGUGAUGACGCUGAUAGUUCCCACAGUUAAAAAAAAUAAGGAUAGUACAAGUACCAUUGAAUAUCUUGAAGAUGAUAUCCAAGAUAACGUUUAUAGUGCUGUGUUACAGCAAGCCUAUUUAAUGUACAGGUUAUUUUGGGAUACAUUCCAUAACGCAUUUAAAAAAGAUGAUAUUAAUGUGUUUAAAACAAGGUUGGAUGUAUUUUAUAGCGCAUACAUUAAAACGAUGAAAUUGGCCCAUUCAGAUAUAUUAAAUAUAUUUUCGGGCAUACAGUAUUUACCUUUAGACAUGCAAUCAUUUCUUAAAGUACAAACAUUUAUUAACGAGCUAGAGUGUAAUUAUAAUGAUAUUGUACACUCGGCGUUUUUAUACAAUGAUCACUUAAUAUGGAGUGGUAUUGAACCAUCGGAUAUGAAAAUAGCGUACCAAUACCUGAUAGGUACGCUUCUGCCGGCGAAUAUGGAAACAGAGCUGCAAGGAGGUUCGAUGCCGAGAAAUUCCGGUUCCCCUUUUGCCGCCUUGCACCACGGCAGGUUCAUAACCGGGCCUACCAACCUAAAAACCGCCAAAACCGUGGGGAAAGUCCCCAAAAUUUACCUGUUCGGAGGAAAAACACCUUGCACGUAUCGCCUUGCCGUAUACAGGGCGUUAAGUGCAUCCGUGUGUUUGUUUAUAAAGGAUGUUGAGUUGUCUUUGGGUUUUUUCAAGGAACUGGACGAGUUUAUGAGUUCAAAAAUUACGAGCAUAGUGUCUGAUAUAGCAGAGUAUUGCUCAAAACAAGUAUUAACGCCGAGUAGCCUGCCAGAGAGUACCCCUAGAUUUAUUUAUUUCAAUAAACUAAACUUGGCCUAUAAAAGUACAGUUCAUCUGGAUAACAAGCAAAGCGGGAAUAUUGUUUGUGCUAGGGAUUCUUUAAAAAUAAUAGCCGAUAUAAACAAGAAGAAGGGCAUUUUUGGACAUUCUGGGGAAGUUAUUGUCAAAACUAUGAAUGAUUAUUGGGUCGUCGGUAAGACUUCGAAUUCCAGGGAGUUUUAUAUUGCCAUCAAUCAGAAAAAUGCAAGUCUGAUUGACAUUAGUGAUGAAGUAAAGAAAAUAUGUGAUACAGAACUGAAGGGAAUAUUUUUUCACCCCAUAUAAUUAAUAUAAGUGUAAAUAAUAAAACAAUUAAGUACUAAAAA